AUGCUGCCGAGCCACCGAGACGCCUUUGCUGCCGAGCCGCCGAGCCGCAAUGCAGCCGAGGCGCCGCCACCUGUCGGUUUGCCCGGGUCCGCCUCACUUACCUGUGUUCUCACCUUUGACGCUGAGGGUCGGGCAGUUGACUUUGAGGUCUGGGUAGAUGAUCUGCAGCAUUUCCUACAGUGCGAUAGGGCAGACGGUCUCUCCCUGUUUGACCUCACUUCUGGUGCCUCUCCUGCCCCUGCUGCUGAUGCUGACACCAUUGUUCGCUCACAGUGGGCCACGCGUGAUGCUGCUGCUCGCCUUGCUGUGCGCCGCCACUUAUCGACCACUGAGCGUGCACACUUUAGCUA